CCGCCGUGGUAUGUUUAUUGAUAAGAGAUAAUAAAAAUGGUGAUAACUGAUAACAAUUGUAAGCAUCUGUUUUAUCAGUUGGCCGUUACCUGAUAACCUGAUAAAUAAAUUGUUUACUAUGAGAAUUCAAAAAAAGUAAAUUUUCUUAUUUAGAAUAAAAUAAAAUGAUUUUUUUAAGAAAUCAUAGUACUUCUAAACAUGUUUUGGUCAUUGUAAUUUUAAAAAAUAUCGUAACUGAAGUUUAAACCAAAAUUCGUCUAAAAAAACUCACUGUUUAGUAGCUAAAGAAGAUAAAACUAGAAAAUGAACAUGUGUAAAUGAUCGUAUUUGAAAUGAAGAAACGAGAUAUAUUACUUAUUUUAUUGCUGUUGACUGUAAGAUUGAUUCACUUGUUAAUCGUGCGUUCGUGGUUUGUUCCUGAUGAAUACUGGCAGGCUCUAGAAAUUGCUCAUCGUUUGACCUAUGGGUACGGUUAUCGAACUUGGGAAUGGAUACUCGGCAUUAGGAGCUAUGUAUCUGUAUUGUGGAUCGUUCUUAUCUACAAAACGCUUAAUUUAUUCCACCUGGAUAGUGUGCAACUAUUAAUCUGGACUCCACGAGUAUUUCAAAUGUUUUUUUCUGUGUACUCAGACUAUUGUUUCAUUCGAUGGCUACAAAAACAUUCUUCUUGUAAAAAUAUACUGUGGCCAGCCAUAUACUAUAUAACUUGCCCAUUCUUGGCUUACUGUUCUACACGCACAAUAGUCAAUACUACAGAAUUAAAUUUAACCACAAUAGCUUUAUAUCAUUAUCCGUGGUCGUUGAAAAAAAAUAGAGCAACAAAAUUUUUAUGGAUAGUUGGACUCCUAUGCAUCGUAAGACCAACAGCGGUGAUUAUUUGGCUUCCUUUGGUUAUAAUUGAUUUUUUUAAUCAUAAACGUUAUACUCUCCGUGGCUUGUAUAAAUAUGUAGGUAUAGGUGUGUCGUUAAUUGUUGUUUCCAUAAUAUUAGAUAGUUAUUUACAUGGUUCAUUAGUUUUUACCCAAUGGAACUUUUUGUAUUACAAUGUGUUUAAAAAAGUAAAUGAACACUAUUCGACUGAACAUUGGGCGUGGUAUUUUAUCAAUGGAUUACCACCAAUACUUGGUCCGAUAACUAUUUUAUUCACUUAUGCGUUAUUCAAGACAUUAAGAGAAUGCAAUUAUACAGACACUAAUUUCAAGUUAAUUAUAACAAUUUUGUGGAGUUUAAUAGUGUUCAGUAUGAUAGGUCACAAAGAACAUAGAUUCCUCUUACCGUUACUUCCCAUGAUAUUCUUUGUAACGUCCCAAUAUAUUUAUUCUGUCUGUAAACGUUUUCAAAAACUAACUGUCAUAAUGACUAUACUAAAUACUUUUGUCUUGUGUUAUUUGGGACAAUAUCACCAAGUAGGUUCUCUGAAUGUUAUGUCUUACUUAGCUACGUUGCCGAAAACUUCGAGUCUAUUAUUUUUAAUGCCAUGUCACUCUACUCCACUUUAUAGUCAUUUGCACAUCAAUGUGACAACAAGAAUAUUAACGUGUGAACCAAACAUUAAUAACACGCCGAAUUACAAAGACGAGGCUGACAUAUUCUUUGAAAAUCCCACCGAAUGGUUCGAAAAUACAUAUCUAUUCAAGUAUGAAAACAAUUAUCCUUCUCACAUAAUUAUGUUUAACGUUUUAUCAGAACAAAUUGAAAUGUUUCUUAAAGAGCGAAAUUACAAAAAAGUGAUAGAAUUUUUUCAUACGUAUUUGCCGAACAAUCGAGUUGGAAGUGAUAUACAUGUGUUUGCUAUUAUUUAACUUAUAAAUUAUUAUUAUAUUUUUAUAAAUAAUACUUUCUAUGGGAUCUUUUAAAAAUAAUU